AUGUACAUUCUUCCAAAUAACUUUUGGAACAUAAAUCACAUAAAUUAUGAACAAUUCCUUUUUCCCGUCACAGGCAACCGCACUGCAGAAAACCCAGCCCUCGACUGGCCAAACCGCCUAAAGAUCAUCAGAGGCAUCGCCAGAGGCCUGAACUAUCUCUACGAAGAGUUCUCGACGCUGGCCGCCCCCCACGGCCACCUCAAGUCCUCCAACGUCCUCCUCGACGACAGCUACGAGCCCCUCCUCUCCGACUACGCCCUCCUCCCUGUAACCACCAACAGCUUUGCUUCCCAAGUCUUGAUCGCUUACAAGUCCCCUGAGUAUAAACAGCACGGGAGGAUAUCGAACAAGAGUGAUGUGUGGAGCCUCGGGGUACUCAUUCUCGAAAUCCUCACAGGUAAAUAUCCUGGCAAUUACUCGAGACAAGCUCGAGGGGGGUCUGACUUGGCAAACUGGGUGAACUCGGUAGUAAGAGAGGAGUGGACAGGAGAAGUGUUCGAUGGAGAAAUGAGGAGGUCCAGAAACGGCGAGGGAGAAAUGCUGAAGCUGUUACAAAUCGGAUUAGGAUGCUGCGAGGCCGACGUGAACAAGAGAUGGGAGCUCAGGUAUGCCCUCGAGAAGAUCGAGGAGCUCAAGGAGAGGGAUGCGGAGGAGGACUACUCGUCGGUCGUGAGCGAGGGGGAGGGGUAUUCAUCGAGAGGAGGGAUGACCGAGGAUGAGUUCUCUUUCUCGACGGUCAAUAAUGCUUGAUGAAAUUGAAUUGAUCGUGGUUAAUAAGGUUGUGAUUGCAUAUGUUAAAUUGGUCUGUUGGUUUCUGUAGAGAUUUUGAGAUUAGUUUUGAAAUUUUGCAUGAUGUCUACUGUAG